CAACCAACGAACAAGACUCCCCGCCGGAGAUGGAUCACGCAGCUUUGUGCGGGGGAGCCACCGCGGCGGAAGACCGGCGGACCCCCCUCUCCUCCUUUUUGUCGGUCCUCCUCCUCCCCCACGCCCCGAACCGCCCGGCCAUCGUUCCCGACCAUCCCCUCUCCCACGGCCUGUCCUCCUGGUCCUUUUCGCCGCCGUGCCUCGUCCGCCUUCCGAAAGGGGCGUCGCUGUUGCCCUUCUCGCCGUCCCGUUCCGCCUUGGGGGGAUCGAAGCGGUCCCCGGUGUCCCGGUGGGAACCGAGCGGGGCCCCCUCCCACCGGCCGGAUCCGCGGCCGCUGCCACACCAAGCGCAAAUGCAGGCGCAAACGCAGGUCCAAACGCAAACGCAAAGGCAAACGCAACUGCAAAUGCAAACGCCGAGGCGCGGCUCCCUCGCCGCCGCCUCGAUCCGCCCGGGCCAUCCCUUCGACAAGAGCUCCCGGAACCUCGAGCUCCCCGGGAUCCCUCCUCCCCCCGGGCUUUCGCCGUCCGGAAGCGGGGCCGGGGACGGAGGCCCCAAGGCCGACCGGCCCGCCUGCUGCCCGACCCGGAAACUCUCCCUGGAGGAACCCCCCGAUGCCCUCCCGCCGGGCGGAGGCAGCAGCAGCAACAAAACUAGCAACAACAAAGGUAGCAGCAACAAAACUAGCAACAUCAGCAACAUCAGCAGCAACAAGAAGAGCGCCAGGAAAAAGCCUCCGGGCGACGAGGCAGGCAAGACGAGCCCCGGGGCGGGCAAACAAAAGACCAAGGCACACAAGACCAAGAAGAUCAAGUUCAAGCCGAAACCAAAACCGAAAUCCCAAGAGCUACCGGCCUCGCCAGACGGCCAGGGGGAUGCCUGCCCGGACAUCGGCAUCGGUGUUGUGGGAAGCAAAGGCAAAGGCACCGAGGGAAGCAAAGGCACCGUGGGAGGGAACGCAGAAGGCCUCCCGGUGGCUCCCGCUCCCCCCGGGCCCGUCAAUCCCGACAAGCCCAAGGAAAAGCGCACCCGGGCCACCAACAAGAACAAGAACAAGAACAAACACAAGAACAACAGCAAGAACGACAGCAAGAACAACAGCAAGACCAAGACCAAGACCAAGACCAAAUACGAUGCCAAGACCAAACCCAAAUCCAAGGCCUCCGUUUCUCCCCUGCCACCCCCGUCGGGUUCGGGUUCGGCGACGUGCUCGUCGGUUUCGACGUCGUCGACGGCCCUCGCCCCAAAGAAGAAAAAGACCAAGCACAAACCCAGCGCAGAAGCACCGGUAUCGGCACCGGUAUCGGUAUCGGCGGCAGGGGUUCCCAGCCCACCGCCCGAAGAGCAUCCACCGCGGGAACCCCGGCAGCAGCAACAACAAAAGCAACAACAAAAGCAACAGCAACGGCCAAAACAUUCCCCCCGUCCCGGAUCGGCCGCCAUGGAGGGACGGCGGAGCCUCUCCCGGACCCUCCUGAGCUGCUGCGAGGCCGGGCACCACCCAAGGGCCCCGCCCUCGCGCAAGGUGCCCCUUUCCACGCUACAACAACAACAACAACAACAACAACAGCACCGGCAUCCCAACACCGCUGCGGGGGGUCUGCGGCGGGUGGCACCCCCCGUUCAGCCCGUGCGCCAGCUUUCCAGGGCCCUCUUCUGAGCACCGAGAGGCACGACACGACACGACACGACACGAUAGAACCAAACGCAACACAACACAACGCAACGCGACGCAGCGUUAAGAUAGC